AUGGGGUGGUUCCUGAUUGAGCGAAUGGCUAGGAUGCUGUACUUGGUCCACCCGAGCAGGUCAACCUUCAGGCAUAUUGAAGAAGUCCCCGAAUACGUUCAAGAGGCAGUUCCACUGGUCGUAACGAUUGUCUUUGCGGAGGUGAUAGCGCGCUACCUGAUGGGCCGCCCUGCCAGAGUCAACCAAGUUUUCUCGUCUUUUGGAAUUGGCAUCCUUCACGAGUCUGCAGGAUUAGUGACUGCAUCGUUUGGUGUGGCAAGCUACCAGAUGCUCUACCAGUACCGCCUGUGGGAACUACCCUGGGACUCGCCUUAUACCUGGUUUGGCGCCUUCAUAUUCGUUGACUUCUGCUACUAUUGGAUCCACAGAGCUAACCAUGAACUGAAUGUCCUUUGGGCAAUACAUCAGGUCCACCACUCUUCUGAAGACUUCGACUUUGCCACGGCGACACGCAUAUCAAUGUUCCAGCGACCCGCCAAUAUGUGUUGCUACCAACCUCUGGCUCUACUAGGAUUUCCGCUACCCUCUGUCGUUGUCCACAUUGCUUUAAAUUAUGUGUUCCAGAUUUGGGUGCAUACAGAGUACAUUGGCAGCCUCGGACCAAUAGGCUGGAUUUUCAUGACACCUUCCCAUCACCGCGUCCAUCAUGGAGCUAACAAGUGGUGCCUGGAUAAAAACUACGCCAGUGUGUUAAUCAUCUGGGACCGCAUCUUUGGCACCUUUGAGGGAGAGAGAGACCAGGAGGAGAUAGUCUACGGCUUGACACAGCAGCCCCAGACACAUAACGUUCUCUGGCAUCAAUUCUUCUACUUCGCUGAAGUUUACCGGAAGGCAAGAAGCAUGAGCAGUUGGGGAGACUCACUGAGGUCUGUGUUCUACGGCCCCGGCUGGGCCCCGGGGACACCUCGUCUAGGGGACCCUCUCACCUUCACCGACGUCCAGGCUCCCAGGCCCAAGUACGACCCCCAACUGCCACUGUGGCAAUUUAUGUAUGUCUCCACUCACAUGGCGCUGUCGUUCAUCGCUCAACAGCUGAUGUGCUUCAACUUCCAGAUAUUAUCCUUGGAGGCGGUUGUGACGUGCCAGAUCUUCAUAUUCGUGACAGUGGGUGUGAUGUCAGCCAUGUAUGAUGGGUGGUUUUGGGCGCCAGUGGUAGAGGCUGUGCGCUGUGCUGCUGUGAUAGCCUACUCCUCCACCACAUCCAUUACUGCCAUCCCAGAUGUGGACACUGCCCUCUUGCUCUACUUUACUGCUUCCUUAACCCUCUGGAUCUCAAAAGCACUAGCCAUAGUCCUAGGCACUAACCUAACCAAUAAGACCAUGCAGAACAUACCGAAAUUAUAAAAUCUCGAAUUAGGAGCCUUUCCAUGCAGAUCGAAAUGAUUUCCAUACAAAUCGAAAUGCUAAAUUGUUCUUGUAUUCUCUUUAAUGAAUCUACAAUAUCAAACUGGUACCAUUUAAAUUUUGCCUUCAUUAUCUCACAUUUGCUGAUAACAGUAUAGUUUUGUACCUGAAUGGAAUACAGGCAAUUUAAUUCUUUCACACAAUUCCACAUUCGGGAGUAAUAAUUCAGAACAGAAGUUGUAAUUGUGAAUUCAAAUUAUAUAAUACAAACUGAGGUAAACUGAAACAUUUAGUGUCUGAAUUAGUACUUAAUUGUCUAGGAACUUUCAUAAACACCCUAAGUUUGAAUGGUCAUCUGCCGGUUAACUAGAAGCCUACCUGAUGGCCUCAUGUAUGACAGUUUGAUUUUAAUUCUCCAGCUGAUGACUUUAAUAUCUGUUAGGAUUAAUUAUUUGUUGGAUUAAUAUUUGUUGGAUUAAUUAUUACUUAGGUUAGGUGAAUAAUAUUUCGAGCGGAUGCUCUUUUGUAAAUGGUACUUAGUAAAUGGUUCAUUGUAAAUUACUACUUAGAUUAGGUGAAUACAGUGUAAAUGUCACCGAUAACCCGGUGUGGUAUAAUUCGGUAAAUAAAAGCCAUGUGGAUCACCAGUUUGUUUCUCUUCCCACCCAAUUAUAACAAUAUCAAACUUACAACUACAACUUACGUUCAUUAUUUCUCAGGAAGCAAAUUGUCUUGAGCCCAGUCUUACUUGAAUUUCGAUUUUGUCCUGCAGCCUAACAGUUAUUAAAGUUAUGUAUAAAUAAAUGACACACAAUGUCAACAUUCAGCCAGAACACACUCAACCUCAACAAGCUCGCAUAACCCCAACAUACACUCAACCUCACCACACUCAAUCAUCCAGCAAUAACCAGCGCUCACAGUAAUUUAACUAAUGGGAAACCUCUAUAGUCGUCGUAAAUUAAUAAUAAUCAUUUAUCAAAUAAUAAAUUAGCAAACAUAUACAACUAUUUAUGUUACACCUUUCGGGUAGG